AUGAGGGGUAGAUGGCCACCUGACAUAGCUGAAUGCAAGGCUCUGCUGUACGGUGUUCAAUUAGCCAAAAGGUACGGGUUUAAGCACUUGAUUUUGGAAGGUGAUUGUCAGGUUGUAAUCAACAGGCUAAAGAAGGCGUCCACUUUCUUGUCGGACUUGGAUUCUUUGCUCGAUGAUGUUCUGAGCAUCAUUACUUUCUUUGAUUUUAUUUCUUUUUCUCAUGUAAAGAGAGAUGGGAACUUUGUCUCUCACCAUCUCGCUAGAUUAGUGCCGUUUGGUUUCGAACAAGUUUGGGAGAACCAUUGUCCUAUUGGAUUAUCCCCGUAUGUACUUAUGGACAAAUUAUCCUCUGUAACACCAUUCCUUGUGACUUGUAAUACUGUCACAUUCCGUCUCCCCUUGACUUAA